AGUAUUGCAACCACCGCGUCAAGGAGCAGACGAGUUGGUGCUUUCGCGCGCGCAACAUCGUGAGCUUUUCACCACACAACAACCCUCACACAACUCAGGACACCGUCGGGAGCUUUCGGACGCGACACUGGGCCAAUCGAUUGGGAGCGCCAUUUUCCCAACAUUCACUGAACAGGGGACUCCAGGGGGGCUUCUUUUGGACUUGAGUGCGUCCCAUGCCUUGAAGUGCGUGUGGGAUCGUCUGGUGUGGCUCCAGGGAAAGGCACAUGUGCGGGCUACGGGGCUUCAGAACGAGGAACAGUCCGUCUCAAAAGACGUCUCUACGUUGGGGCGAUAGCUGUUUCACCGCGAACACCUCACCUGCAUCCAUCGGAGCACUAAGAAAUCCUCCAAUUGCCACCCACUGAAGUGGAUACACACUGUGUACAAAAAAAAAUUAAGCCACCAAAUCCAACAAAAAAAGGAUAUAUAGACACUCUAUGAAGCCACAGAAAAACCCCUAAAAAAAGAAAAAGAAGAAGAAUAAAAGUGUGUGGACGCUUGAAGAAGCAAGAAAAGAAAAGUUCUCCAUAUAAGUGAAUUUAGGUUCCUUGAGUGGUAAAUGCAUAAUUAAUGAUUUGGUGGGAAAAGUGUUUCAAGAAUUUAUCUGUGAUGUGUUAACUGCAAGUUAAGUCCUGAAAGAUUCUUUCGAAUUAUCCUUUAUUUCGCUUUCAAAGACAAAGUCACGGCAAGAGAGAAUUUCGAAGGAACGUCCAAAGUGUUAAAUUAGAGGGUGGUUGCGCGGUGAUUGUAGCAGAAGACCAUUUAUUUUGCGUCACAUCGGAGUUUAGGAGCUUUUUUUGGGAAAUUCAUCGCGUAAUUUGGCACUGUUGGUGACACCGGAAGCACAAUGAUUAAUAUCGCAGGUGUUGUGAGCAUUGUGCUGUUCUACCUCCUGAUCCUGGGUGUGGGUAUUUGGGCGGGACGCAAAAAGGAGGAAGGGAAUGAUUCGGAGGAGGAGGUGAUGCUCGCUGGCAGAUCGAUUGGUCUCUUCGUGGGUAUUUUCACCAUGACAGCUACAUGGGUUGGUGGUGGUUACAUCAAUGGAACAGCGGAAGCCAUCUAUACGACCGGGCUUGUUUGGUGUCAGGCUCCUUUUGGAUAUGCGCUGAGUCUCGUUUUCGGGGGAAUUUUCUUUGCAAAUCCAAUGCGAAAACAGGGCUACAUUACAAUGUUGGAUCCACUGCAGGAUACAUUUGGGGAGCGCAUGGGUGGUCUCCUCUUCCUUCCAGCCCUCUGUGGUGAAGUCUUCUGGGCAGCUGGAAUCCUUGCCGCCCUGGGAGCCACCCUUACCGUAAUUAUCGACAUGGAUCAUCGUACAUCCGUGAUCCUGUCGGCAUGCAUUGCUGUCUUCUACACCCUCUUCGGUGGAUUGUAUUCCGUGGCGUAUACUGAUGUCAUUCAGUUGGGAUGCAUCUUUAUAGGGCUGUGGAUGUGCAUCCCAUUUGCAUGGGCAAACGAUCACGUGGAAAGUUUGUCGUCGAUGGAAGUUGAUUGGAUAGGUUCGAUAGAUCCGAGGGAGCAAUGGUAUUACAUAGACUACGGUCUUCUCCUCAUAUUUGGGGGGAUUCCGUGGCAGGUGUACUUCCAGCGAGUGCUUUCGAGUAAGACAGCCGGCAGGGCACAGAUUCUCUCCUAUGUGGCGGCUUUUGGGUGCAUCCUGAUGGCAAUCCCACCGGUUUUAAUUGGAGCUAUCGCCAAAGCCACGAGAUGGAAUGAAACAGGCUACGAAGGUCCCUAUCCGCUGACCACCGAUCAGACCAGCAUGAUCCUGCCGAUGGUACUGCAGUACUUAACACCGGAUUUUGUAUCCUUCUUCGGUUUGGGCGCUGUCUCAGCUGCCGUGAUGUCAUCUGCGGACUCCUCAGUCCUCUCGGCAGCUUCAAUGUUUGCCCGCAAUGUCUACCGCCUUAUCUUUCGGCAGAGGGCAUCAGAGAUGGAGAUCAUUUGGGUGAUGCGAGUCUCAAUCUGUGUGGUUGGUGUUCUUGCGACUGUGAUGGCUUUGACAAUACCCUCAAUCUAUGGUUUAUGGUCAAUGUGUUCAGAUCUCGUCUACUGCAUCCUAUUCCCUCAGCUCCUCAUGGUGGUUCAUUUUAAGCACCAUUGCAAUACCUAUGGCAGUUUCUUUGCAUACAUUGUGGCAUUCAUCGUGAGAUUAUCCGGUGGGGAACCUCUUUUGGGACUCCCAGCUGCCAUUCACUAUCCAGGCUAUGAUCCUGUUGAAGACCGUCAGCUCUUCCCCUUCCGCACAAUGGCCAUGAUCUUCAGUCUGUUCACUCUGGUUGGGGUGUCCUGGUACAGUAAAUGGGUCUUCGAGACAGGACGUUUAGCACCGAAGUAUGACUACUUUAAAUGUGUAGUUAACAUCCCUGAAGACGUCCAAAGGGUUGGAGAGCCAUCUGAAGCUGGUGAACAGCUUUCGGUGAUGGCCAGUGCUAUGGGUCGAAUGUACGGGGCUGCAACGAUGGUUGGCAAGGACGAGAUGAAUGGACGCGUGAAUCCUGCCAUGGAGCCUGAUGAUGAUUUACCCAUUGCGGAAGUGCAACGAAUUAGAGCUGCCGGUGGUGGUGGUCAGGGUGGUAUGGAAGCUCCUAUUCCAGGAGUCGGUCAAGCCAAUACUGCCUUCUAAUAUUCAAAGUAAGUUGCGGCUCCUCCACACUUUUUGAAGUAGCCGAACAAUGAGAACUUUUCAUUUCCGAAUAGUGGUUGUGUUGGCAUAAAGGAGUGCUUUUGGUAUGGAAAUGUUUAUGCUACUUAUUCUCCUAAUUAGAAUUUACUCUGAAAAAAAAAUGAUACCUAGAUCUUUUUUUUUCUAAAAACAUUAAAAUUAAAAAAAAUAUAUAAAAUAAAAAGAAAACGUUAUUCAAUAAAAAAAGAAAAUAAAAGAAUUCAUGAAAAUUUAAAUACCAAAAGUAAUAUCUUAAAUUAAAAUUAAUUAAAUUCCUUUUUAAUUUGACUCAUCUCGAAUGACAUACGUCAGUUUAAGAGGAAGUAAUGUCAAAUAAGAUCUGUCACCUAUACGUAAACUGUCAACACAACCACUAACAUUUGGUUCUAUAUUUUUUGGGCUACGAGAAUAUCGUUGUACAUAUCAAAAUAAAAGAAAAACUAAAAGCACCAUGAGUAUUUGUGGGAAAACCCAAAGAAAAUUUUAAUAUUAACCAAAGAUGAAACCAAAUACAUAUCACUGGUAAAAGUCUAUAUACAUGAACGUUAUACAAUAAGAGGAAUAUUUUAUUGGCAUGAAGAUAAAAUGCUACAUAUAGUUGUUAAAAAAGGCAAGAGUACAGAGAAUAUAGGUCGAUUUAAGUAAUGAAACAAGAAGUGCUUGAGAUGUGGAAAGAAAAUAAUAGAAAAAUUAUCUAUAUAUUGAAUUUUAUUGAAAUAAAUUAAAUAUUUAUCUACCUAAAUGGGAAGAGUAAAGAAAGAGAAAAAAAAGUAUUAAAACAUUUAGCUGCAAGUUACAAAAUAUUUAUUUUCAAUAUUGAAAUUCGCAAGAAUACGUCUCGAAGGGAAAAUGAAAAGGGGUUGGAAAAUGAGAUUUGCAUUGUUGUAAACGUUUCUUGUUAUUGUAAGAAAAUGAAGAUAAGCACAAAAAAGUAAUUAGUUGAAUUGCUCUUUAAACGCCUAAUGAAAUUUUUUCUUAGAAUUAGCUGUGCUAUAAAUUUUACUGUGGAUCAGUAUAGAGAAUGGAAUAUAUAUUUUCGUGAAAAAAAAAUACCAAGAGAUUAUAUAGAGUGGAAAUUUAUCAUUGUUGCCAGCAAAUUGCAUAAAGUAGAGAAUUUAUAAUGAUUGAGUUUUCCGGAUUGGGUGCUAUGGGAAGAAAAAAAAUGAAGAAGAGCAGAAGAUAAGAAUGCAAGAAGUGUGGCUCGAGUGGUUUUAUUUAAUCACUAAUGAGUUUUUCGAGAAGUAAUGAGAUGAUAUAUCGCUCCGAGGGAAGUGCUAAAGAAUGGGAGAUGGUAAAAAACAAAGAAAAUUGACAUGAUACAGCUAAUAUACCAAAGAAUUUCGUAAGAAGUUGGCAGAAGAUAAAAUAAAACAUCGACUGUUCAUUAAAGAAAAUGAUAAGAUGUUACAUUAAGUAAUAAAAGAAAUUAAGAAGAAGAUGAAGUAAUAAAUGAAAGAGGAAGAGAUAUAUAAUUUUAAUAAUAAAAAAUAAAAAUAAAUAAAUGUAUAACGCUUAAAUAGAACUGAAUGAUAUUUAAAAAAAAAAUGAAGAAAUAACUUAUAUUGUAUUUGAGGAUAAUAUUUAAAUGAAAUAAUACAUAUCAAGACGGUGUCCUUCCAGAGCAAGAACAACAUGACGGUAUAAUACACCCCCGAAAAAAAACUAUAAAAGGGGUUGAAUAAACUGAAGAAACCAAAUACAUAUCACGUAUAUAUAUUUUAGUGUUUCUAGUCAUUAAGAGAAUUUUACUAUAUAUACAAACUGUACUGUAUAAUGAAAGUGAAACACAAGACAGGUGACGAUGGCACUCUGUGCAACCGCUGAGUAGAUACCUGCUACAUAAAAAUUCAUGUAAAGUGGAAGUCUCAAAGGAAAUCCAAUAAGCAAAAGCAUCUCGGUGUAAAUAAUCUAAAUGUACUUAAUAACAAAGAUUUUUUUUGAAACCUCAUCCUCUUUGUUGUAAUAAAUUCCUUCCAAUAUUUCCCUUCGUCGCCCCCCUCCUCCUUCCCCUUCCGGGUGAAAGUUUAAAGGGCAUCUCACUCUAUAAUUCACACCUCAUCUCAACGAUCACAAUUAUGUGUCCAUCCACCGAUGAAGCAUAGGAGAAAGAAGAAGAAAAAAACAAUACCUUAGCAUCAAUUUACGAAACACCAACAGUCUUAAUUAAUUAUGCAAUAGGUUAGAGAGGUGAGGUGCACCUAAAUAGCAAAUAUAAAAUAAUAUUAUAUUGGACAAUAAUCGUGCAAUGUGAAGAUGCGGUGACACAGUGAAUUUUUUUUAUGGGAAAUACGAGCGAAAGUGUUACAAUUCCACCGUCGUAAUGUUCUCCACCCAGAUCGUGAGUUUAUCUCAAAUCUCGUGAUGUGCACAUUAGUUGAAUGAAUAGAAAGUUAAGUGAGUUUGCUGAAUGCUCGGAAAUUUGAAUGCAAAAAUCAUCAAAUGCGGGGUUAUUUUUAUUCUGCAUUGAGCUCAAAAAAUAAUUCCAACUGAAUAUGACCUACUUUCGCGGGGACAACUGCAGCAAACUGCACAUUGAUUAAACUUUACAUAAGACGUAGUUUAUCAUCCCAAAAAACAAGGAUGAGGCAACUCACAACAUUUCUCUGCAUUCUUCACGAAUGCCGAUCUUGCCGCGCUAUCUUAGCGGUUAUUAAUUGACUUCUUUGCUUUGCCCGAUCAAUUCUACAAGUCCAACCACAUAAUUCAUUCAAGAAAUUUUAUUGAACUCCCAUCGUUGGCACUGAAAGUGAGAGUGAGGGCUAUUUUUCAUCCAAAAAAAAACAACAUGAUGCACAUCAUUAUCCACGAAAUUCCAAACUCAUUUACACGAGAGAAAAAAAAAUCACAAAAGUUUUCACCACGAGAUCAACCACAGAGAUUAAUACAGAUGAUUACCUGGUGAGACUAUUUAAAUAUCAUUUGCAUACAAAUUUUCAGUCAUUGUCCGGAAGGCGAGAAGACACGGAGAAAAAACCACAAACCGACAGUGUGUCAGUCGAGGAAGAAAGUUGACCGUGAAUCGGUGUGAUCGCUUUCUUCCACGAUUAAAAAUUACCAUCGACAUUAUGCAAUAUUUUCUCACGUUUCGGAAUCUUCUCACUCAAUCUUCUUUUGCAUUUUUAUAAUUUUUUUUUUGGUAUGGGAAGAGCACACGGAGAAAAUUCCGCGCGACACGGAAGGCAGCUUGAGAUGAUAAUUUCAGAUACGACGGGUACUUAUCUUUGACUUAUUCCUCAACUUGCCUCCGGAGGAUUGUCUUUCCGCUCCUUUACUUGUUUUCAACGCGCGAAAAAUAUACAAGAAAAAAAAUUUUAAAAA